CAUCAUUAAUUACUUGAUAAUCACGCGAAUCUAGGCUACACCACACCCUAUUCUUUCCUUCUCCAAACCUUCUAACCUUUUCUACCUUCUUCCCAACUUGCCUACGCUCCAGUUCUUGGAAGAAUUUCUUACAACAGUCUUUCACACGCUGGGCUGAUGGCUGAGACGGCGGAUGAUUCUUGCCCCACGCAACUGAUUGCCGGUGACGGAGAAUUUAAUGCGCCGGGUUUACGGGAUUUUAUCAACUCCGUCAAGCUUCAUGAGUGCGGCCUCUCAUAUGCGGUUGUUGCUAUCAUGGGCCCCCAGAGUAGUGGGAAAAGUACGUUGUUGAAUCAUCUGUUUUACACAAACUUCAGGGAGAUGGAUGCAUUCAAGGGAAGGAGCCAGACAACCAAGGGCGUAUGGAUAGCGAAGGCUGUUGGUAUCGAGCCGUUCACAAUUGUCAUGGACUUGGAGGGUACAGAUGGCCGUGAAAGGGGUGAGGACGAUACAACAUUUGAGAAACAAAGUGCACUUUUUGCUCUAGCAGUCGCCGACAUUGUCAUUAUAAACAUGUGGUGCCAUGAUAUUGGUCGGGAACAGGCUGCCAAUAAGCCUCUUCUCAAAACUGUGUUUCAGGUUAUGAUGCGCUUAUUUAGCCCUCGUAAAACAACACUUCUGUUUGUCAUACGUGACAAAACCAAGACCCCAUUUGAAUAUUUGGAGCCUAUCUUGAGAGAGGAUGUCCAGAAGAUAUGGCAAACAGUACAUAAACCUCAAGCAUACAAGGACACUCCUCUCAGUGAAUUUUUCAAUGUGGAAGUUAUUGCCUUGGCCAGUUAUGAGGAGAAGGAAGAACAAUUUAAGGAGCAGGUCGCCCAACUUAGGCAGCGAUUUUUCCAUUCUAUAUCUCCUGGCGGACUUGCUGGUGAUAGACGGGGUGUUGUCCCUGCUUCAGGAUUUUCUUUCAGUGCAGAGCAAAUAUGGAAAAUUAUCAAAGAAAAUAAGGACCUUGACCUUCCGGCUCACAAGGUCAUGGUUGCUACUGUGCGGUGUGAAGAGAUUGCCAAUGAGAAGUUCAGAUGCUUGGAAUCUGAUAAGGAUUGGUUAGCUCUGGAACAAGCUGUAAAAACGGGUGCUGUUUCAGGCUUUGGGAAAAGUAUAAGCUCAAUCUUGAAGACAUAUCUCUCUGAAUAUGAUAUGGAAUCUGCGUAUUUUGAAGAAGAUGUGAGAAAUGCGAAACGUCAAUACCUGGAGUCAAAAGCAUUGCAGUUGGUCUAUCCUGCUUAUAUAACCAUGUUGGGCCAUCUACGUGCAAAUGCAUUUGAAAGUUUUGGGGUUCGACUGGAAAAAUGUUUGUCUAGAGGAGAAGGAUUUGCUGCAUCUGUUCGUACAUGCCAGCAGUCUGCUAUGCUUGAGUUUGAUCAGGGGUGUUCAGAUGCUGCCAUACAGCAGGCAAAUUGGGAUGCUUCGAAAGUGCGUGAAAAACUUCACCGUGAUAUUGAAGUUCAUGCUUCUGUUGUUCGUGGUGAGAAGUUGUCGGAACUACAAGCUGAGUUUGAGAAGCGACUUUCUGGAGCACUUUCUGAACCAUUGGAGUCCCUUUUUGAAGCUGGUGGGCCAGACACAUGGGUUUCUGUUAGAAGUGUCCUAAAACGUGAGAGUGACGCAGCUGCAUCAGACUUCCUUUCUGCUGUUGCUGGAUUCGAAUUGGACCAGGAAACAGUGGACAAGAUAUUGCACGAUCUGAAGGAAUAUGCUAGAAAGUUGGUGGAGAGGAAAUCAAGAGAGGAAUCUGGGAAAGUUCUUAUUCGCAUGAAAGAUAGGUUUGCUACUGUCUUCAACCAUGACCAGGAUUCCAUGCCAAGGGUUUGGACAGGAAAAGAAGACAUUAGAGCAAUUAUGAAGGAGGCCCGCUGUGAGUCACUGAAGCUUUUGUCCACAAUGGCUGCAGUCCGUUUGGAUGAUAGACCAGAUACGGUAGAAAAUGUGCUUUUCUCUACACUUAUGGACAGAACAGAUACCAUCUCUUCCCAGAGUAGGGAUGUUGGAGUUUCUGGAGAUCCUCUUGCUUCAAGCACAUGGGAAGAGGUCCCUCCCGACAAAACAUUGAUCACACCAGUGCAAUGCAAAGCUUUGUGGAGACAGUUUAAGGCAGAAACUGAGUAUACAGUCACCCAAGCGAUUUCUGCUCAGGAGGCAUACAAGCGUGGAAACAAUUGGUUACCUCCUCCUUGGGCAAUCAUGGCGAUGAUUGUUCUUGGGUUCAAUGAAUUCAUGCUUCUUCUAAGGAAUCCUCUUUACCUUCUUGUAUUAUUUGUUACAUACUUGCUUGGGAAAGCCAUAUGGGUACAGACAGAUAUUCCAGGGUUGUUUCAAAAUGGCAUCCUUGCUGGGCUUAUCGCGCUCUCUACGAGAUUCUUCCCUGCUGUCAUGAAUAUAUUGAGUAGACUUGCUGCUGAAGGGCAUGACAGAGAAGCUUUACCUUCACAGAGUUUCAGAAACCAAACGUGGCAACCUGAAUCAGUAUCGAGUUCAGUUCCAGAUUCAUCCGUUUCAACUGAAACUAGUUUGGAAUACUCGAGCCCUCAGAUUAUUAAGAGAAGAGUAUCACAUAAAGAAGAAAAGGAGAUGUCUUGAUAUUGGUGAUGCUGAGUGAGUAGCUGUUUCUCAUAUUUCUAUCAACACUCUCAACUUUGGAUUUCGGUGGUGUUAGCAUGGGAGAUGUAAGAUGGUGGGGGACAAAUUAUUGGUGAAUGCUGAGGCUGCUGCGGAGUGAAGGAAUCAGCCAUACUUGUAUGUCUGCUGGAGCCCAUACCCUGCCAAAAACACACACAAGAAAGAAAUAGUUAUUCAAGUUAAAUUUGGGGUUCACACAAUCCGAACUAUCAAUGUAAAUUGGUUUACGCAAUAAUGGAAAUGUGGACCCGUUUUGACUUGCAAUUUGAUCUUGUGAUGAUGUAUAUACACAUUUGUUUUAGGAGCUGAAAUCAUUAAAGUUGGAAUGAGAAGUUUCAUUCUGCUCCACUUGUAAUGAACCCCACUUUUUCAA